AUGGUCAAUAAUGCUCCUCGGGCAUUCGCCCUUCUCUUACUUCCCCCCCCUCCGCAGCCUUCUUCCCCCGCCGCCCUCAACGCUGCCUACCGUCCCCCCAUCAAGGCCGCGGUGAAAAAGCUCAAACGCCUCUCAGCCAACUCUUCCACAAACUCAUCCAUCGACAUAGCACUUCCAUAUCUAGAAUAUAACAUAGGGCAAAACCAGCGCACUUUCUCCGGAUGUGAAGAAUCAACUCUUUACAGCGUGCAAGAGCUUUUAGUCAACACAUACACUCUCAUCUCCUCAAUAUGUAACGAGCAGCAAAAACUAGAUACCCUACCAGACAAAACCAACAUCAAUAAUGUGGAUAUUCGAGUUAUUUUAAUAGGCUACGACCAGGCCUUCAACUAUGACACUCUCAUUCGUCCCGUGCGGUCCAUACCGUCAUGCAUUGUCGAUCUAUCAGUUUUAGCCCUCUGUGAUCGGAACUGGUCUCACGUAUAUGUGACUGAGGGAGAACCAGGGGAGCGAUUGUAUCGACAGUUCAGGAUGCUGGUGAAUGGCAAGCUCUCGUCCAGAGUUGGUGGGACGUGGGUGACGGAGCGAGUACCUGGUGGAAUGAGUUUUAAUAUCGCACGACAAACUGGACCAAUUGCCACAGCAGCAACAACCGACGGGGAUACAAGAAAGAGAGCAAGACAACAAGUUCUAGUUAUUGGAGAGGAAGGAAGUAAGAAGACGGGGAACGAGAGAAAUACUACCGACUUGAAUCAAAAACUCCAGUUAACCAUAGCUCUACUCUUGGCAGAGUUCAACGGAGGUGCGGGUGGACCAGAGAACAAAAACGCAGAUCACGGGAAUUCCUCGUUUCCAAUUCCACCAUCUUCAAAUUCACCCCGAUCACACUCAGCCCUUGACGCUAGACGAUUCCUCCAAUCCAUCGCUGACUGGCACCUUGCCGGAGAUCGAUUUUCGAAAACUCAGCCUGCCAGGCUUCGUUUUGAACUCAGCGCUUAUGACUCUAUGGCUAUCCACCCUUGGCAGUUAGCUUACCUUUCGGACCCCCAACAGCAGCUGGAACAGCUGCUUGCUGAUACCGGGAGCGGGGGCGAAGGGGAUGAUACCGAUGUAGAAAACACCCUUGUUUUGGGCGAAUCGCAGAAAGAUGGCUUAGUGAAUCUGCUCGAACCAUUUAAGGAUAGGUGUCGAAUGGUGGUCUGCAAAGAUCUCACAACGUCAUCAUCUCCUUCUGAAGUGCUUCAAGACCAUCUUGUUACCCAAAACUAA